AUGAGCAGACUAGCAGAUUCUCUAGUGAGGCUGACGCUGCCACUAACGCCGAUUGCGCUUGCGUUCAGCGCGGUGCAGUUUUCCAUGUACGAUGUGCGGGGCGGCACGCGCGCCAUCAUCUUUGACCGGAUUAGCGGUGUCAAGCCGGACGUUGUGGGCGAGGGCACCCACUUCCUGAUCCCAUGGCUGCAGAAGGCGAUCAUAUUCGACGUGCGGACCAAGCCGCGCAACAUCGCGACCAAUACGGGGACCAAGGACCUGCAGAUGGUAUCGCUGACGUUGCGGGUGCUGCACCGGCCGGACGUAAUGGCGCUCUCGCGCAUCUACCGGGAGCUGGGGCCGGACUACGACGAGCGGGUUCUGCCCUCGAUCGGGAACGAGGUGCUCAAGGCGAUUGUAGCGCAGUUCAACGCGUCCGAGCUGAUCACGCAGCGGGAGUUGGUGUCGCAGCAGAUCCGCAACGAGCUGGCCCGGCGCGCAAGUGAGUUCAACAUCCGCCUUGAGGACGUCUCCAUCACGCACAUGACGUUCGGGCAGGAGUUCACCAAGGCUGUGGAGCAGAAGCAGAUCGCGCAGCAGGAGUCGGACCGCGCCAAGUUCGUGGUGGAGCGUGCCGAGCAGGAGCGCCGCGCAGCCGUCAUCCGCGCCGAGGGCGAGGCCGAGGCCGCGGAGCACAUUUCCAAGGCGCUGCAGAAAGCGGGCGAUGGCUUGCUGAUGAUCCGCCGGCUCGAAGCAUCGAAGGGCAUCGCGGAGACCCUGGCGAACUCGCCCAACGUCACCUACCUGCCCUCGAAGGGCCAGGCAGCGGACUCGGGCGCCCCUAACUCGCUGCUCCUUAACCUGGGCAGGUGA